UGGAAAGUAGGAAAAAUAAAAUAUGUACGAAUAACACCAAAUAGUAAGCAAAAUAGCGAAACGAACCCUUUUUGGAAUCUUUAGAUUUAAAAUACAAUGGUUCAUAUUGAAACGUCUGCGGGAUAAAAUGGAUUUCAGUGAAGUGCUUAAAGCAAUGACGAUAAUCUGACUUAUGACUUAUAUAACCAUUUUGCUUGAAUCGAAAUUCCAAGUUUACAACUUUUCUGUCCAAUAUCGCAUAAACCCUCUACAAAAUACUUCGAGGAUAGUCGACGCACAAGUCUAAUGUAUCGCCACACAAUUCAUAACUAUUUCGGAAGGCAUUCCUUCUGGUUCCCUUACCUCACUCGAAUUUUUCAAUUCAAAAUAUUCGUUUCUUCAAUUCCUAUUUCAAUUGCUUUGGCAAUCACCUGGAAUUUUCGUGCGUACUGGCAUGCUUUGUCCGGCGUUUUAAUUCGAGUCUGGAAAGCAAAUGUAAACAUAUAUUUUAUUAAGAAUUAUAUUUGGGAUUCGCGAUCACAAUUGCAAUUUCAAAUCAUACAAACUUUACAAAUUCUUGCAAUUGCUGAAGUAUGGCAAAUAUAACCGGGGUAAUAAAUAAGUUAUGCGCUGAGCUUCGCUCGGAAAAAAUUAGCACCCGAAAUAAAGCUGCUGAGGAACUAGACAAUCAUUUGAGUUCUUCUAAAAGUGAAUUGCUUUUACAACUGGCUAAGCGCCGUAAUGACGAUGUAUCGUGGACGACAAUUUUCAAAAGCGGCAUCGAUGCUACCAUCAAGCAUGCCAUUAAAGCCGAUGCGGUCAAGGAUUCGAAAAACUACUCGUCAAUGCGAAACAAAAGUGUUGUUUACAAGGCUAUCCUUAAUAAGCUGAUCAAUUAUAAUUUGGAAGAGCCCGAACAUCUGCUCAGUAAAGACACGCUAUUUGAAGGCUUUCAGGAUGGUUUCAGAUGUAAAGCCGCUGUACGAUUAUACAGUGAUUUAUUUUUGAAUAUUCUUAAUCAGGGUAUUUUUAAAUCUCAAAAGUAUGUGCGCGAACUGAAACUUAAUGAAAUUAGCAUAAUAUUAUCCUACCUCUUUGAUACAAAUAAUGCAGAUGACCAUACUCAUCGUUUUGCUGCAUUAAAAGUUAUCAUCAAAACCAUUGAAUUGAGUCAGGAAUGCGUCCUGAUGAACACCGAUGUUAUGGCUUAUUUCCCGGAAGUAACGAAUUUCGUCGCAGCUGCUAAUGACGACUCUCACAAAGCCGAUACAAUUAAACUCUAUUACCUAAUGGUUUCACAGAACUUUGUGGACUAUCACCAUACCAUAUGUCAUAACCUACAGAAUAUUGUACCUGCUCUGUGUGGCUUUUACCAAUAUAAUAUGCAAAUUCCAACCAAGGAAAUGCUUUUUAAAUCAUUGCUAAUCUCUCUCGAGAUAUUAUAUCCUUACAUACAUUUGGGCGAUGUGAAUGUUAUUAAAAUAACACUAAACGAGAGUUGGCCUAAAACCUUAAAAAAGCUGAAAACGUUAAUUGAAAUCGAAAUUAAGCAGCGCAACACUAGCCACUACUAUAUUAACCGAAGCCAAAAACAAAAUGAUAUGGGAAGUUUUACAAAACUGGCGGCAUUAGCUGUUUAUUUGGUUUUCUGGAGCGUAGAGGAGGAUGAUAACGCCUCCGGAGAUGCGCUGGAAUCGCGCUGUAAACUCCCUAGAUCUGACGAUAAAUUGGAAAUUAUUUUAAACCGUUUGCAAGAACCCACUGGAAAGUUCAAUGAUAUUUGGCUAUCAAUUUUAGCUGAACUAAUAGUUGAAGUCGACAAUAUUAUAAAUAUUUCUAAUUAUCAAGCUUUGUUAAAAAGUAUUCUAAAAAUUUUACGAACUUAUGGAAAUGCGAGAAAUUUGAGGCAUAUCAGACUUUGCCUGAAAACGCUUUUAGUCAAAACUACAUUUUUUACGCGAUCCAAAUCCUUGCCGGUAGAUUAUUGUCACCAAGAGUGGUUGAAAAUAAUAGAAUUUGUCUUAGCUGAUACAGCUUCCGAUUCAGAAAUAAUUUACGAAAAACAGUUGUUAAUAAACGAUUGGAUUGUACACCAAAAACUUAAUGCAAGUCAAUGCGUUACUUUAAUGACUUCAUAUAUGGCAAAUCCUAUUAGGCGCACUGAAUAUGUUAUUACUGUGCGGCACAUGCUCCAACAAGCGGAUCAGAUUGGUCUUGAUAAAACUUCCGAACUCAUAACACGUUGCAUCCGGUGGCUAUGUAGCGAGCAUGACAAAAACGAAGCUAAAAGCAUUUUAAUGAACGUAGAGCCGAUAAAACCCGAAUUGAUUUUCGAUACUUGCGCUAUCGCUGUAACAAACAUCGUUAAUGCCAGUCAGUUCAAUGAUUCUCCUCCUAACUGCAGCGAAAUGAAUAACAAUUUAGAAUUGCUACUCUACAAAUACAAUCGCGAUUUUGUUGCAAUAAAAAGACAUGGGCGCGUUGUUAAUACUCCGACAAAGCAAGCGCCAAUCGAUCAGAAAAAUUGCGUAUUCCAAAGCAACUAUGAGUUUUUAAUGAAUAUUUUAAAUUAUGAAACGUCUAAGAGCGUCACCACCAAAGAUAUUCUUAUGGAUUUAACAGUUCUUUAUAAAAUGACUUUAUUAAUGAAGUCAUUGCUGCAAUAUGGGAUCUUCGAUGAAAAAACAUAUACGGACUGUCCUCUUAUAAAACGUAUUGGUUUAUUUUUAAGUCAUUUGGAGUUACAAUUUAAGAGUAAUCGACCUAAAAACAUUGAAAGUUCAGCUCUUUUGGGACUUUUUACAAUCUUGGAAAAAAUUGUGAGCUCUUUUACAACAGAUCCCGUAUUAUUACAUUAUUUAGAAAUGCAGCCUAUAGAAGAGAUGAUUGAAUUUAUUGACUCAACUCUAAAGUACAUUGCUAAGCAAUACAAUGUAAAUAGUGAGCAUGAUGACUGGUCUAUUACCAAUGUCACUUAUCCAUGUUUACGCAUAUUGGCUAUGCUGUGCGCCAGCACUACUCAUUGCCCAGAUGUAUUUAAACAUAUAGUUUCCUAUUCAUUUGGUUUAAAGAAAAAAGAAGAAGUGAAAACAGUUUUGAGUUUAACGCGAAUAUUGUGUUCACAAAAAUCAAUAUGUGAGGAUAUUGCAGACUGGUUUGUUGACAAAUUGAAAAUCAUAUUCAAAUAUUACCAUACGGACGUCGAGUUAAUAGAAGAUAUCCUUUCAAUGAUACCAGCAAUUUUCAUCUAUGUUAAUCAAUACGAACAUCAUCUGGAUAAUAUGCUGCUGGCUGUGUUUUCAUUGCUGAAAAUUUCAUUUCGCAAAUCAUACUCAUCCCAAUUAAUAACUAGAAUUAUUGAAAGUGUGUCUACUAUUGCUCGCGGUUGUCGUAACAUCUUUAUGCAGGAAAAUUUUAAAAAUAUAUGCUUAUCAGUUGUCAAGUUUUUAACAUUCAACUCACUCGAAAUUCAGUUUGCUACGAUCAAUACAUUAACUGCUCUAAUGGAUAUAAAUUGGCACGAGAAUGCUAAGAUACAUUUGGAAAUUUAUCAUGAGUUUUGCGAUGACACGUACAAAACUAUCGAAUGGAAAAAGUUGCGAAUGUCUACAACCGCUGAAUUCAGUGAGGAUCAGUUGCAAAACGAUAUCGCAGUCAAUGCACAAUUACUCAUAUCUCUUUUGACAUUCAGUUGCUUUCAUCGAGAAGUUGCCUUGCGAGAAUUGUUUUAUAUGUGCGCUCUCUAUAAACUAACAGAUGCUGAUCUUCACGCCUUUCGAAAAGUGGCCGAUUAUUGCAAGACUAAUUUAACUCAGCUUGUAAAGCCAUACAUUUUCAAUACCAUUGAUUAUUGGAUAAAAAAGUCGUAUCCUAUAUCAAAAUUCCCUUUCUAUCUCGGCUAUGAAACUAAAGAUGACUUUAUACAGAAUAACAUUAGAGAAAUUGUAACCUGUUUAUUACUGCACAACAAAUCCGAUGAACUGCAAAAGCUCGAACAAUAUGGAACACCAGAGAAUCUAAUAGAAGUGGCUUCGCCCAUGAUCAGAGCUUUCGUUUUAUGUGGUCAGUGUGAAAGCAAUCAGAACACGGAUCUACGUGAGAAUGUAAGAAAUAUAUUGAAGUUAAACUUGAACUUAUCACAGACGUGGAAUGCAAGCCAAACAUUUAACUAUCUCUUAAAACUGCUUAUGGAUGAUAACCAUGCCAGAAGCGUUUUAGGCUUCUCCGUGUUUUAUCAGUCCCCAAACUGGUACAAUAUUGAUUACGAUACCUUUAAGUACGUCACUACGAGAACAAAGCACGCGGAAAUCACGCUUUGUAAGGUCAUGGUAAAUGAUGCGUUGAGUUUAAUUGAAACUUUUAGAGUCAUUAAGAAGAAUUGUACCGACAAUCUUUUCGAUUAUGAAACUUUAGGCGAUUUCUAUAGAUUUUUCGUUUUGGCAGAUAUGGCGACUGAAAGUUUUAAUGAUAAAAACAUUUCGAGUGCUUGCAUUAAGUACUUCGCGCGUGAUUUAUUACUUUUCAAUUUAUACAUUUUGGAACAAGAUCCAGAUAAAAGACUGGAGUCGUUUGCUUUGUUUGCUUUAGAGAUAUUCUUGAAAAAAUAUUGUAAGAUAAACGAAUCUCUUGAAACUGUACAACUAAAUUCAAGUUACAUUUUUCGAGUACUAAGAAUAGUAUUCGAAAAUAAUACUUGUGGCGAAAAUCAGAAAAAAACUGUCAACAUUAUAAAUGCUUUAAUUGAAAGUGCAAAAAUUUCUACGGCUGAUAAAUACAAUGUGGUGUUAAUGUUUAGCGAUCACGAGCUUUUCAGUGAUGUACGGCUAGAAAAGCCGAAAAAUACCGACCAAUAUGAAAGCGUUUUGAAAAAAUUUGUUGAAAGUAAAGAUUACGUUAGCGUUGAGCAUCUUAAAGUUUUGCACCAACAUAUUUUAAAGCAUAAAGGAUUUCUGCAAAAUGAAAACAAUUUGUUAUACAAAUUAUUGCAAAAGCUAUUGCAAAUAGUAAAACAUUCUCACCACGAACUCACUUGCUUCGAAGCGCUUAAGUGUUUGGGAGAGAUCGGCCCAUUAAAUCUGACACAAGACAUACAUUAUUUUGAAGCGAACACUGAGUUUGAUGAUGAGUUUGUGGCCGCGGAUCCAUUAGCACAAUUCUGUAAACGGCUCUAUAUAAUAUUAGAAAAACUUCUGCAAUCGUUUCAUGCCGCUAAAGAAGAACUAGUCAUUCACGUGGCUCAAUAUUUGGUUAAUUCUAAAAUGGGAACCCAACUAUUAACUGAUUUUCCCUGUUUUCAUGUUUUCCGCUCGGUACUAAAAAAAAACUAUUUAGAUUUUCGCGAUCAACUCAAACCGCUCGAUUGGCUGGCAACAUUAAAACGCUCAGAGACUUUAGGAUGCGAAACAUGGAUGUGUCAGUUUGUGUCCGAAAUAUUUGAACAAUGUGAAUGGACACAUUUUCGAAAUUUAGCUACACAAGAUUUUUACUUUUCGGAGAGUAUUUUAACAUCUUUUGUGGAAAUGCUAAUUAAAUACCACUCUUCGCAUGUAGAUAAUAUUAUUGUUAUGCUAGAUUAUUUUUUUAAUGAAUUUAUGCAUUAUCAAGCCGGCAAUGGAAUAACAAGAUUAACAAAACAAAUUUAUAAAGAAAAGCGUGUCAUAACUAUGAUGCUUCGGAUUUGCGAAUGUAUUCGCAUUCAUAACAAUUGGUGCUUACCGUUACAACUUUUGAAUGUGGCUAGAGCUUGUAAUUAUUGCCAAGCGUUUUUCUUAUCUAUUAUGUAUUUAGAGAUGUGGUCUUUACAAGAAAAAGAAUCGUCAACUGAUAAGACUAAUUUUGAAAUCGUAUCAAAUGAACAUUUUCAGGAAAUAGCCAAAAAGUCCUAUGAAUCCAUAGGCUGUACGGAUGCUAUAUCUGGUUUUAUAAACCCCCUUCAAUCGCGUCUAGAUUAUUUGAAUUUAACAAAUAAUUGGGCGGAUAUUUUAAUAGAAGCCACGGAUCAUAACGACAUGUUCACAUCGAUAUUGAAGCACAACGGGGUACUUGACCUUGCCGAUGCAAUUUCUAGCGAUCGUAAAGUGGAUUACGAAAUAUGUUGGCGUCUUUGUCGUUGGGAUACCGCUGUUGAAGGUCAUUCCCGGGUUAAUACAUUGAAUGAUAUAGAAGAAGAAUUCCAAAAACAUCAUUUCAACUCGCUCAAAUGUAUAUACUACCGCGAGGAAAACAAUAGCCUAGCAGCUAUAAAAAAGGCCAGAGAUUGCAUCCUUUCCAUUUUAAAAGAAAUCAGUGUCGAAUGUUUGCAGAGUGUUUAUAAAUAUUUAACUUGGCUUCAGAUGUUGCAACAAGCGGAUGACUUUUGUUUGAUCCAGUUUUUUAAAUCCUCCUCCGUCAAUCAAACAUUUGAAAAAUGGCAAAUGGAGGCAAAUGAUUUACGAUAUGGGAAUUUUCAAUCCAAAGAAUUGAUUUUAUCGCACCAGGUUGCACUAUUCAAUACAGCCGGUAUACGAACAUCUCGUAAAAUCCAGGAAUUUUACAAGGAGGAUCCCAUUGAAAAAUGUUUGUUAAAAUGCAUACAUGAAUGUAAGAACGCCGGCAAAAUUAAUUUAGCUAAACAUUACGUUUCCAUGCUUAAAAAUAAAACGACAAUUAGUGAAAAUCAUCGAAUGAAGAUUUGCGCUUUGCUCGAGGAUGCCGAAAUAUGCAUGAAGACAGGAAAGGCCGAGAUUUCUAAAACAAUUUUCCAUCAUAUUUCUAAUUCUAAAGAUUACUACUCUUGUCUGGAACGUGUACGUGCUAUGCAAAUGAAUGGAGAAUAUUUAAUGGAAACCAACACCGAAGCAUUUGAAUUGGUUUUAACAAAAUAUUUUCAAGGCUCUUUGGAGUUACUAAGAAAAUUUGACAAUUCUAAAGAAGCCAUCCUAAAGAAAUUUCCCAACCAAUUUGAUUUAAGAGAAUUUCCAAACAUCGAAGCAGAGAGUAAGAGAAAUGCUUAUGAAACAAUCGGAAAAUAUGCUGACCGAGAAUAUACACAGCUGCAUAUAUACGUUAAUUCCGAUCGAUUUAAUACGAAAAGAAAAAUAGUGGAACAUAAUAGACAGGCUGUUCAAAGUGUUAAUCGCGGAAAUGCCGAUCGUGAUAAGAUGACGGGAGUCGCAUUUAUGAAUAGAUUUUCCAACAUAGACGAAAAAGAGAUCAAUCAGGUCCAAGAGAAGCUUACGCGCAAUCUUUGUGUGGCUAUCGAGAAUUAUAUAAAAUUUUGUUGCCUGGAUACGACCGUGGCAAGUCCAGCGAUUUAUCGCAUUAUAGCUUUAUGGUUCGCCAAUAAAAGAAAUCAAGACUUACGUAAAGAAAUGGAAGAAAACAUCGGCACAGUUCCUAGCUAUAAAUUUGUUUGUGUUCUCAAUCAAUUGACUGCACAUCUGAAUUCAAAAAACAAAGAUUUUUUGCAAUUGUUAAAAAACGUAAUAAUCCGUUGUGCUCGAGAACAUCCGCAACAGACUCUCUGUCAGUUAUAUCCUCUCAUUUACGCUCAUCUUGAUGGUACUCAGGACGAUUCAGAUGAUCGUUCACAUAUUGCUCAAGAUAUAAUAGCAAAUGCUAGAGAUGCAAUUAAUGUUGAAAUUAUUACGCAAUUGGGAAAUGUUAUACCAGCUCUUAUCGAAUUUGCUAAUGAGAAUGUGGAUACGAAAAGCAAAAAUAAUUACAUAAGUGAGAAAUUGAAAAAUCUUAAAAAUCUCGAUGAAAUACAAUGCCCCACUAUUGAAUUGCCAGUACGGAUUGAUUUGAAUUAUAACAUUACAAGCAUUAUAAGAUGGGAAAAGAAAAUUUCUCUUGUUGGUGGUAUAAAUGCUCCCAAAAAAUUAUCAUGUGUUUGUUCGGAUGGCAUAACAAGGGCACAAUUAUUAAAAGGAAAAGACGAUUUGCGACAAGAUGCAGUGAUGCAACAAGCUUUUUGCAUGAUUAAUCAUCUACUCGAAAAAGAUCCGGAAGCAGUACAGCGUCAACUUAAAAUCCGUACUUACAAAGUAAUGCCCUUAUCAACGCGAACCGGCAUAUUGCAAUGGUGUGAGAAUACUACACCCAUAGGUAGUUAUUUAGGUGAUGCUCAUAGAAGUUAUCGUCCCAAAGAUUACACUGUGGGAAAAUGCCGAUUAUUGUCUAAGAGUCAUUUAAAAUCAAAUGCAGAGAAACGCUUAGAAGUGUUUACUCAUAUCUGCGAGAAUAUUAAGCCAGUUUUUCAUUAUUUCUUCUUUGAAAAAUUUCUUCAAGCUGGUGUAUGGUUUGAACGUCGGGUAGCUUACAUAAACAGUGUUGCUGUUACAUCUGUAGUGGGAUACGUUCUGGGUUUAGGGGAUCGCCAUGCGCAGAACAUUUUGAUUGAUGAAAAGACUGCCGAGCUUAUACAUAUAGAUUUUGGUAUUGCUUUCGAACAAGGUAAAAUAAUGCCUACACCGGAAACAGUACCAUUUCGUUUAACGCGUGACAUGCUGGCACCCAUGGGUAUAAACGGGCCUCAAGGGGUUUUCAAGAAAUCAUGUGAAACCACAAUGAUAGUGUUAAGGCGUCAUCAAGAAGUUAUUACUACAAUAUUAGAAGUUUUACUGUACGACCCCCUCUAUAUCUGGAAGGUUGUGCCUCAAAUCGCGAAAGACACGGAGGAUGACGUUGAUGUCAAGAAUUUCAUGGCACAGCGUGCUUUAUUGAUUGUUCAAAAUAAACUUGAAGGUAAACAGGCAGGUAUUUCUGGUGUAUCCAGUGUGAAAGUGCAAGUGGAACGAAUAAUUAAUGAGGCCACAUCAAACCGAAAUCUAUGUCUGUUGUUCCCGGGCUGGGAUCCUUAUUUGUAACUCUGAGGGUGAUACUGUGAAAACUAUAAAUAAAAGAGACC